AUGGGAAGCAAUAGUUCAAAAACUAAGAUUGAUGCCUUAGAACGUCAACAACAAGCGCUCAUGGAACAAAAUGCUAAUAUGGCAAAACGUCUAGCAGAACGAGAAGAGGCAACUAAACAACAAGACGAAGUAGGAAUUGAACAAAUGGUCAUGUUGUUCUUAGCAAUGGCACUGUCGAGUGAAACAGUGAUGAAUAAUAAAAAACAAGAAAUAGAAAUUGAGGGUACUACAUAUGAAAUUAUUCAAUUGGUUGAUCGAGGUAAUAUUGGUGAAAUUUACAAAGCAAAAGUUAGAAAUAAGGAUAUGCUGGUCGCUAUUAAAGCCAUGCAAAAUACACCAGGUUUACAAGAAGAAAUUAAAAAUGAAAUUCAUUUUUUACGUUUAACAAAAGAAAUUCCAAUUGAUAAUCAUCCAAUUAUCGAAUAUUAUGGUAGUAAGGUAACGAAAGAAGGUAUUUUUAUAGCAAUGGAAUUAGCUGCUUGUGAUCUUGAAACAUUUUGGGUGAAUCAAGUAAAACAGGGAGAAUCUGAAAAAAUAGCUGCUAUUGGUAUAAUUAUUAUGGUUUAUGUACUACGUGCAUUAGCAUUUCUAGAAAGACUAAAUAUUGUUCAUGGUGAUAUAAAACCACAAAAUCUUGUUAUUGUUCCAAAUGAACAAUCUUUUUGUAUUAAAUUGAUCGAUUUUGGUACGGUAGAAAAAAUGAUAACUCAACGUGCUCAUGUUACAGUCGAUGCUAGUAGAUCGGCUACUCCAUUUUUUGUUUCACCAGAAUUUUUACGACGUAAUGCAAAAAAUUUGGUAUCAAGACAUCUUCAUAAAAAAUCUGAUGCAUGGGCAGCAGGUGUGAUGUUUUAUUUAUUAUUUUGUGGUGAACUACCAUGGAAAAAUCAAAUUGAUUACGAUAAUUUCUGUAAUGAUCAACGUGCUAAAGAUAUUAUUGUUCCGGAUAUUGGUGGUUAUAAAAUGAUUAUUGAACUUUUACUAAAGAAAAAUCCUGAUGAACGUUCAAGUGCUACAGCUACUCUUAUGCAAUUAAAAGCACAUCCAACAUUUGGCAAGAUUAUUGAAUCAUUGCAUACAAAUUUUUGUCCUGUUGAUGAUGUAUGUCAUAUGAAAGUACCUAAUGAUGUUCGGCAAGGUUUAAUUAAAAUUGCACGCCCUGGUCAUUAUAUCGAUCGAUCAGAUUCAUCUUCGAGCAAAGGAUCGCCGGAAGCACGUCGUUCGUGUCGAUAUGGUUCCACAUGCUUGAGAAAAGAUGCAGAUCAUCGCGCAGAAUUCGCUCAUCCGGGCGACUCAGAUUACCAAGCAUCAGGAGCCUCUGGUACUGGAAAAAUACAAUGUUCCUAUGGCGCUAAAUGUUAUCGUCAUGAUCCCAGUCAUCGUCAGCAAUUUAUACAUCCGAAUGAUAAAAGUCGUGAUAAUCCUGGCAAGCAAAAAUGUCGCUAUGGAGACGGUUGUACAAAGAGAAACGAUCGAGAACAUAUGAAACAAUAUUUACAUGAUUAA